GUCACUGGGCUCGCUUGUAGUUGUGACGCCACAAUCUCGCGUGAAGAGACUUAUGGUGUCUCGAUUUUGUGUAUAAGACUAGCAAGGAGCUUGCAGUUAACAUCUUUGCAAGAGGGACUGUGAAGAUGUUGGUUGUACGUCUGAUCCAAAAUGCUGUUAAACGGCCAGGUGUUUCUUGUACUCAGAUGUUGUCAAGGCCUCUCAGUCUCGCUUCACAGAUGCAUUCAUAUAAAUAUGUUAAUGCUCGAGAGGAGGCAACAGAUCUGAAAUCUGUGACGGAUCGUGCAGCCCAGACCUUACUUUGGACAGAGCUUUUUAGAGGCCUAGGAAUGACCCUGAGUUAUCUGUUCCGGGAGCCAGCAACUAUUAAUUACCCAUUUGAAAAAGGUCCUUUAAGUCCACGGUUCCGUGGUGAGCAUGCAUUACGUAGGUAUCCAUCCGGUGAGGAGCGCUGCAUUGCCUGCAAACUCUGUGAGGCAGUCUGCCCUGCACAGGCUAUUACAAUUGAAGCAGAGCCACGUACUGAUGGAAGCCGUCGGACUACAAGAUACGACAUUGACAUGACAAAAUGUAUCUAUUGUGGGUUCUGCCAGGAGGCAUGUCCUGUCGAUGCAAUUGUGGAGGGCCCAAACUUUGAGUUCAGCACAGAGACUCAUGAAGAACUUUUAUACAACAAGGAGAAACUUCUGAAUAAUGGAGACAAGUGGGAAGUUGAGAUUGGAGCAAAUAUACAAGCUGACUUUCUUUACCGUUGAAAUCUGUCCCUUCAGCUACUUCAGAACACUCAAGCCCAUGAAUAGCGGAUAACUUGUGUGAGCCGUUAUCAUCUCUAACAUGGUCAUCCUUUAGUAUGAUUACACUUCAGAGUACUUAGUUAUAUUUUGGAAAAUUAUUGUAAAGAAAUAGAGGAACAUUUGUGCAAUUGUCUUUGUGAAUAUUAAAUUUCUUGUGUUCCAAAUUCCAAAAGUAAUCUUUAAUUACUUUAAUCUAAGUACUAAGCAAGAAUGCCUGGAACUUCAAGAACAGGCUGGCUCAGAACACGGUUGGGGUGGACAACUAUGUUUUUGACGUGCUAAAAAACACUACUCAGAAUUAACUAUCAUUUCACCAUUCUGAGUUAUCCUGCUUCACUGCCUUAUUUGUAAAGACCUUCUGGCAUGCCAGAUCCACCUGUGAUUUUAUAUAACAAACAAGCACACUUCUCAUUUUAAAUUGAGUGUACACAUGUAAAAGAUGAUCACAUUAUUUCUGAAUCUGAAACAUAUAUUUCAUUGUCUUCAUGUACUCCAUAACAGCUUGCUGUUAUUAAUUAGAGUUGAUUUGCUGUAGUUAAAAUAUGCAUGAUCCUGAAUCCACAGAGAUCUGUGCUUUCAUGGCAGCAAUUAAAGGAAUUGUUCAGUGUAAAAAUGAAACUGGGAAAAUAGAUAGAAUGUGCAAAAUAAAACAUGUUUUUAACCCUU